AAGAGCUGCCAAUAAUUUAAUAUACAUGCCAAGAUGUUCUGAAUAAAGCCUCAUACCUAAAUCUUAAGACCAUUUACCUCAACACCGAUAGGAGGCUUAAUAUAAAUAUUAUGCCACGUGCGGGGAUGACAUGCAUUAAGUGCUUUCAGCUGAGGCCUUGGCUGCUAGUCUAAUAUUGAACGAAAAUGAUGCAUCGUUUAUUCUCGCCUCCCAACAAAGUAUCCCCCCUAGUAUGUGCACAAAAGUCCGCCGCUAUUCUGCUUUGAGAUGUUCUAUCGUCUCAUACUACCGAGAUAUCGGUCAUGAGGCGUAAACGCGAAUUCCUUCUUGUGCCCGGCCCUUGGGUAUUAUAAGUAAUAAAACUCCGAGAGGACCCCUCGGAGAAAUGACUUUAACAUUCGAUUCCAUCAUGCAGUCAGACCGUUCCGAUAUGGAGCACCGCGCAGCUGACUCUUUGUCGUUUGCCCAUCCCUUUCGUCCCACGCCCAAGGACGCCGAGGAGGUGCGCUCUAUUCUAGAACAUAAAGUACCGCCGGAACUUGCCAUUCAGAUAGUAUCCCUUGGGUACAACCCAUGGCUCGUGAAAUGGAAAGUCCACGAGCAGGAGUACUACGCCGACUACACGAAACCUAAUGCGGAACACUGUGUUGCGGGCUUAUAUCUCACCACCGAGUGCGUUCCCAACGAUGGACGCAGAGCCAUCCCACAACGCAUCAUCUUUCAGACGAGCGCAGCGUACCAAGGAUAUAUAGCUCACGACGGAAAGGAUGGCUUUCUCAACAGCCACACGCGGUUCGACGCCAGCAUUCUACGCCCCCUAUCUCCGAAAGUAGAGAGGAAGGGCCAGGAUAUGCCUCUUGAAGACGUCCUCCUGGAUACUUGGUGGGAUCCUAUGUCUGCCGCGGACGUUCUGAGGGAGAAAGGGUGGGACUUUGUGGCGGCCAAGGACGGGCGUAUUGAAUGGCGAGUGUGCAACAAUAGCGAGGCAUACAGCGAGUACCAGGACUACAAGGUUGAAUGGAGAAGGGGUAUUCAGACAGAGGCUGAGGACGAUGGGCCGAUAGGGAAAGGCGAGGGGUUUUUGGAGCUGUUAGAGCCGGGGUUCAUCGUCGUGCUUUGGGUCAGGACAGGGCUAAGAUGUUGGUGUAAUAAGGUUCGAGCAGCGACUAUUGAGAUUGAAUAUGAGCUACCGUAGGGGGCUUGCGAGUACAAUACCCAGUCUUAUAAGGUUGUUAGUUCUGUUAUUGUAUCUUGAUCCGGGGGAUUCAUGGUAUUAGCGAAGUCAUUCGAUUAUAGGUACCUAGGUAUAUUCGGAAUUGGUCUUAUUUCAAUACUCAUUAGCGGAGAAAUGCGUUUAUUUAAGCUUUAGGAUGCAUGAUACCUUUUUUUUAAAACAUAGUUCGAAUAGUGCUAUAGAACGG